AUGUCUAACUAUUCCAUUCUCUGUAUUAUGGCAAUUGUGUUUAUGCUGUCUGCCACCGUAAAUUCCCAAUUAUUCGGUGGCUGGUCGCAACCUGCAUGGGGAUACAGUUCUCAAGGUGUUGGAGUAGAUCAAUUUGGAAACACUUUCGAAGGAACCCCACAAAAUGGAAUCUAUCUGUUCUGUAAUGGACAUGGAUGUCCGGGACGCGGCUAA